GCUAAUUCCCUCUUUGUCGUGUAAAACUAACAAAAAGGACUUCCCAUCCAAAACCCUAAUUUCUUCGUAGCUGUUACUGUCCUUCCUCCGGCCUCUCAUCCUUUUUCUUCCAACGCCUGCUGUGCGAUCACCUUCUUGUCGGGGAGGGGAAGUUCUUCUUGGGGUGAUGGGAUCGUCCUCCAAGUCGGCUGGUGGAUCAGACGAGGGGAGGCGUGCAUGCCUGCGCGGGCACUGGAGGCCAGGAGAAGACGAGAAGCUGCGGCAGCUGGUGGAGCAGUUCGGACCGCAGAACUGGAAUUCGAUUGCAGAGAAGCUGCAAGGUAGAUCAGGAAAGAGCUGUAGAUUGAGGUGGUUCAACCAACUCGACCCCAGGAUCAACAAGAGGCCCUUCACGGACGAAGAGGAAGAGAGGCUCCUCGCGGCUCACAGGAUUCAUGGAAACAAGUGGGCGCUGAUCGCACGCCUCUUCCCCGGGAGGACCGACAACGCCGUGAAGAACCAUUGGCAUGUCGUCAUGGCUCGACGGCGCAGAGAACGAUCCAGACUGUUCAACAUGACAACUUCAUUCUCGGUCCCUCACAAGGGCACCGCUACUACCACACAACACCCACAGUUGCACACUAGAAAGCUCUUGGGAAUUGGGAGCGGCACUUCAAUGCUUCCAUGGGAGUUCAGCACCUUCGGUAGUUCCAAGCUCCGCAGCUGGUCCUUUCACCCUUACCAUCUCACGUACAGAAGCUUAGCGGGGGAUGCUAAUUGCGACAGGGUGACUGCUCGUUCCGUCAAGCUUUCUUCCCUGGGACAUGGAUACGGAGAUGAGGCACCUAAUUCAAGUGAGACGAAUCCUAGCAACGAGCAUGGUGGGGAUGACGACGGAUCCUUGCAGCGCGAUGGCGUUCCCUUCAUAGAUUUUUUGGGCGUCGGAAUAACUUCUUGAAUCUGAUGAAGGAAGUGAAAGAUGAUAAAGGCAGGAAGUUGGAUCGUUUGGUCAAACGAUGGAUAUCUUUGUAUGGAUGUGUGGAAGUAAUAUAUGAAACUUUACUUGUUAACCUGACAUGAUGUAACGAAUAUUACUUGAUGGAAUUUAAGGAAUCGAUGCCAACGUUGCGAGCUUUGUGUUGUCUG